CUAAAAUAUAUGACCAUGUGGGAUUGUUUUCUAACAGAUGUCCAAGAUCUACGGGAAUAUCUUCACAUUGUGGUUCGGGCCCUACCCUGUGAUUAUAUUACAUGGCUUCCAAGCUGUGAAGGACGGUCUCACCACCCACCCUGAAGAUGUUUCUGGCCGGCCUCUGCUCCCCAUUUUCAAAGUAGUGGCAAACAACAAAGGAAUCACACUUUCCUCGGGCCAGAACUGGAAGCAUCAAAGACUAUUUUCAAUGGCGACUCUGAAGACCCUGGGCAUAGGAAAGAGCGCUCUGGUGUAUCAGAUCGAAGAGGAAGCCCAGAGUUUGGUGGAAGUGUUCAGGAAAACUGAAG